CGUUGCUACUUACUUUUGUUUGGCAUCCUUGAUCGUCGUCCAGCUAUAUACUCGGGACCAUGCUCCCAGGAGCUUUGCCCUCAUUUACCUUUGUUACUUGAUCCCUGUCGUUGCUCCCUCACCUUCCGCAUCUCCUUUUUGCGGGGAACGCAUGCGCCGCGGAUCUCCAGCGGGGGUUGGACUUCGCAUGUGCUUACGGUUUACGCUUAUCGGGACAUCUCGACUUUUGAACACUCACCAUGUCCGUCGCCCAAGGCACGGAUUUCAUAUCUAGUGCUCCGACAGCAGCCGCCGCAUCACCUAUAACGCAAAGCGUCCAUAAUACGUCAGCUGUCGCCGCCCAUUCCCUCCUAUCCUCAUCACCACGCGAUCUGCUCACCCUCCCCUUUCGAGUUCUCUACGGCGCGGAUCGCUUCGCAUUUUCUACCCUUCCUAGACAAGCGGCUAGGAUGGUAGGUUUUAAUAAUAUGGCUUCACGCUUAUGGGGUAGUGCUUCCGGGGGAGGGCUUGAAGGUGAUGCGAUGGCUGCAGCAACGCACGCAGCGGCCGAGGUUGCCGGAGAGGGCGCUGCAGAUGCUGCGGGGGCUGCAGCUCAGGGUUCAGGACAUCAUAUCGCGGAUAUCUUCCAGGCUAUAAGGAGAUUCAGUGGUUUCUUUUCAUAUUUGACCAGUCGGUGGUCGUUGGCUUGUUUUACCGUGGCUCUUAUAUUGAACAGGAUAACCAUCUACGCGUCCACUAGAAGGCCCCUGAACUUGAGCUGGAAUCGCCGGCUGGCUUUACGAAUCGUCCCUAUUCUUCUCUUUCUAUCCCAGAUUCUCGUCCUGCUUCGGGCCGUUCGGUGCCAGACAUCGCCUGACUACUCGUCGAUUCGCUAUGGUAGUCCUGACAAGCGGUUGAUUUUCGAUCAUGCCGGUGGUGGUGGAUUUCUAUACUCUUUGGGUUCUAAACUUUUGCCGUGGGAGACGGAUGAACAGUCCUGUAGUGCGGUCAGCAUGGCACUGCCUGGCAAUGCCUCCGGCAUCCCGUACGGCUCAUUUACUCUUCUAUGGCCCGUAUUUCUACGUCUCUGUUUAAGCCACUUUGUGGAGACUUUGUCAUGCUCGCUGCAAGGUAGAGCAGUCGUCACUGAAGCAGGAAUGUCCAUCUUCGAACAUUCUCUUGCGUUUGCUGAGGCCGAAUCCAUGAUCAGCCAGUCAAUCGGACUCGGCAUCUUCGGUCUCCCUAAGCAAAGCUCUAGAGGAGAUGACGCAAUGCUCUCCGCUGAAGGAAGCCAAUCGCCUAUCGAAUUGCUCACCAGAAGUCAAGUUCUUGAGCGAAUGAAUGUGACGCCAGAGCUACUUUUGAUUGCCUUGAUCUCUUGCUGCAACAGUUUGACAUCAAACGCUUUGGAUGUUAUUGGGAAACAAAGUCGCUACCGCCUUAUGAACACCGCUAUUUGGGGGUUCUGCUUCAUGGCAGCAAUUGUUUGGGGAAUGACCAGUGGGUCGCCAUUUGGAAACGAGGUUGGCGUGCUUAAGUUUCCUACAGUGUGCAUUGUAGGCUUUGUGCCUCACCUUUUGAUUUUGGUUGGUAUCCUGGCAUGCGUGGCGAUCUAUGGACUUGCUCUGGUUAUCACCGCUUUCUCAUUGCCAACGGAAGACCCUCAGUCGAUUUCUUUGCGAGAUAGAUUUAUGCUGGCUCAUGAGAACAUGCAGGGAGCAAACCAGAUAAGCAAUAUCCGAUUCAACAGGCAUGAAGACUUCUACACGACUCUUCUUAGGAUCGGUUACACUGCCUUGACCGCUGCUAGUGAAGCGGUUUUUCUCAACGAAGGGAAGGGUGUCGUGGCGCGGAAUAUGACGUGGCUGGAAGAGGAUAGACUGACUGAAAUUGAAGCAUCUCGAAGAACACGCUCCCAUCGAAGGGCGGGUGGUAGUAUGCGAGCAACACCGAUGGAAGGCGGGGAAUAUGGAAACUUUGAUAUACCAGAGGCACCUGUGGAGUGGGAGACUGGAUAUGGCAAGGAGAAGAAGAUUGAGAAACCCAAGCCUGGAUCUCGAUCGGUGCGGUCUCAAACCGAUCCCGGUGGCGUGGGUGCAUUCCGAGGCGCAGCCCGAUGUUAUCAUGGGUUCACCUUUUUCCGCGGCAUCUUUUAUCUUUUGUUGAGAUGGGCUGCUCAUGGAUUGAACAAAGUGUUGGACCGAUUUGGAAUAAGUGCCCGGCCGCAGUGGCUGAAGAAAAUCGCGGGAGCCCGUCGAAAGGCCCAGGCAAGGAAUGAGGGUCAAGCGGAGCCUUUGGACUUUUGGAUUCUCACGGAUGAUGGGGAGUUGGAGCUACCAGAGGACAAUGAAUUUGACGUAGAAAGAGAGAUGAGAAAACGGGAGCGUUCCAACACAACCGAGUGGGAGCAGUCAGACGAACGCCGGCUGGAUGAAAAGCUUUACGACUGGUGGAAGGCCGGUGGCUCUUGGGGAAACCAAGACUACACCCCAGACUACAAGCCUUCUGAUCUUGAAGAUUUCGACGACACGACGAGCGUGGUGUCAAUGUCAACAAACAACGACUCUGAGUGGGAGUAUGAAUCCGACGGCCGUCGUACGCCUACACCAGCCAAUCCGUUCCCAGCCGGAUUUUCCCGCGAGGGUACACCGGUGAAUGAAUCACUCAUGGAUAUUAGCUCUUUCGCGCGGCUCCUUGACCCUCGAGAUCGCGAAACGAGACAGGAAGCGCGUAUCCUAGCUGCCCACCUUGCGGCUGAGCGUGACGGCCGGAUUCUCACGCGUCGUCAGUACCAGCAGCAAGUCGAGCGAGACCAAGCUCGGGUAUUGCUAUCCUCGCAGCUGUCACGACGCGCAGCGACCCACAUGGACAAUGAGAAGAGAAAGCCCACUGUGGACGAGGAAUUUGAAAUGCUCGAAAACCUCAUACUCUCGCGGCGAUCCGAAACGUCAGUGGGGUCUGGUGAGGAUGGCAAGACCUGGGAAUCUGGGGCUUCAGGACUGGGUCCAGACGGUCCACCGUGUGUCAUUUGCCAGACGAACCCGCGAUCCAUCAUCACCUGGCCCUGUCGGUGUCUUUGCGUAUGUGAAGAAUGCCGAGUCAGUCUUGCGAUGAACAACUUUGGAAGCUGUGUGACUUGCCGACAAGAGGUUGGAGGGUUUGUCCGGUUAUGGGUGCCGUGAUUUCCUCGAGACUGUCUUUCUAAACUGUAUUCUUCCUGUCUGGCGUUGGUUGUAGAUAUUGGUGCACUGCAUUGCGUCUUUAUUGAUAUUGGAUGAGGCGCACAAUGGCUGGAGCGACCUGGUUUGUUAUUACAGAGAUUGUCUAUACAUUGGUCUUAUCAGACUUAAUUGAGGUCUUGCAUAUCAAUACCGUCUAUACUGGUUUUCGUUGGAUACUUUUAUCGGAUAUCUCCAUGGCUAGAUCCAGGCUGACUGUCUAGAUCCUACGAAUUAUCAGUUUGAUCGUCCUGAUUGUGGAUAUCCCCGUCGAAGCAAAAAUGAAGCUAUCCAAG